GCAACAAGCCGGAGAGCACGUCAAGUGAAUUUUCGAUUGAACGUUAGCUAGCUAGGUUGCUGACAAAUUUCAUUGACCAAAAUGCCGGAGCUAGCGGUUGAAAGGGUUGUUGUACAUCCCCUCGUUUUGCUGAGUGUGGUGGACCAUUUCAACAGAAUCGGUAAAGUUGGAAGUCAGAAACGAGUUGUGGGUGUUCUUCUGGGGUCAUGGCACAAAAAGGUCCUUGACGUGUCCAACAGUUUUGCAGUGCCUUUUGAUGAGGAUGACAAAGAUGACUCGGUGUGGUUCCUGGACCACGAUUACUUGGAAAAUAUGUAUGGAAUGUUCAAGAAAGUAAAUGCCAGGGAAAGAAUAGUUGGAUGGUAUCACACUGGUCCAAAGCUACACAAGAAUGACAUUGCCAUCAAUGAACUCAUGAAGCAGUACUGCGCCAACUCUGUGUUGGUCAUCAUUGAUGUGAAGCCUAAAGACCUAGGACUGCCCACUGAGGCCUACAUCUCUGUGGAAGAAGUGCAUGAUGAUGGUACUCCCACCUCAAAGACAUUUGAGCAUGUGACAAGUGAAAUCGGAGCUGAGGAGGCUGAGGAGGUCGGCGUGGAGCAUUUACUCAGAGAUAUCAAGGACACGACAGUUGGCACGUUGUCUCAGCGCAUUACCAACCAGGUGCAUGGUCUGAAGGGCUUGAACUCCAAACUGCUGGAUAUCAAAGGUUACCUGGAGAAGGUGGCCACUGGCAAACUGCCCAUCAACCACCAGAUCAUCUACCAGCUGCAGGAUGUCUUCAACCUGCUGCCAGACGUCAACCUGCAAGAGUUCAUUAAAGCCUUCUACCUCAAGACGAAUGACCAGAUGCUGGUUGUCUACUUGGCCUCCUUAAUCCGUUCCGUUGUCGCCCUCCACAAUCUGAUCAACAACAAAAUCGCAAACCGUGAUGCGGAGAAGAAGGAGGGCCAGGAGAAAGACGACGCCAAGAAAGAGAAGAAAGAAGACAAGGACAAAGACAAGGAGAAGGAGAAGGACAAGGAGAAGGGAGACGCCUCUGCCAAGAAAGAGGAGAAAGAGAAAAAGGAAAAGAAAUGAACUGGUGCUUCUAGCAUGGACUCACACGGUCGUGACUAAAGUUGAGAGGAUGUUUGUUUUUUGGUACCCUCCUCCUGUUUGUAUGUACAGGAUUGGUUGGGCAUUGUAUUUAUCUUUUUGAUAAAGAGGACUCCACAUGCCCUGUUUUGAUUAAAAGAGGGAAGGGAAU